AUGAGCGCCCUGGAGCGCGCGGGUGUCUCUUCUGGGGAUAUCGCUGCCCACGCCCCCGGAUCCCCCCUGUGCGAGUGGAGGGCCGAGCUUGACGCCCCGGUCAUUGCUGCGGUGGUUGCGCGAGUCUGCGGCGGGGACGCUGUCGUGGCGCUAACCACGCAGAGCUGGGCCCCCAUCGUCCAUGCAAUCACCUCCAAGGGCAUCAGCGGCAGCAGAAGUGUCUGCAGCCUCGGACGCGCCGCCCCGGGAGAGCCCCUGACCGCGGUCUGCGCCCUGGAUGAGCGGGUCUUCCUCGCCUCUGUGUCGGCCAUCUACGAGCUCGUAGCAGGCUCCCAUCGAACGCAUCGCCUAGUCCUGCUCUACCCCGCACGGGACAUCCCCUGGCCUAUCCGAAACCUCUCUGCUGAGAGGUGCGGGGCCGCAAGUGUCCUCGUCGCUGUGUUUGGGCUCCCAGCACAGGACCCGCAAGGCACUGGCCUUCUACUGCUCUGCCUGCGCGGCGGGUGUCCCCAGGCAACUGUCCUCCCCGUCUCCGUCGCUGACACUGCCUGCCCCUCUCUGCGCUACGAUCCGGCCUCCUCCCUCCUCUAUGUCCUGGCCUCCACGACUGAUGCAGAAGUCGUUCUGUGCUGCGUCUGCUUCCAGGAGCCCGCAACUCUGGACCCAGCGCUACGGGGAUUCGAGUGGUUCACUCAGACCGGCACGGAGUUCUACAUGUCCCGGGUUGUUGUCUCGAGCCCCGAGGAGCAUCUCUUGUACCGCUGCAAAGAGGGUCCCGGGCUUGCAGAGGCGCAGGUCGGGGCCGUCUGCAUGUGUGGCACCUCGGCUGUCGUCGCCGUGUCAGCCAUUUCCGAGACCGGCGAGCGCUCCGAUCUGCCGGUCCUCCUGGUCGUCUCCGGCCUGCUGUCGCAUCUCUCGUUCUCCACGAUAGAACUCGAUGACUUCGGGGCCCAGAGCCUGCCCCCGGAGUCUGAGUCGUUCCGCAUCUGCUCUCUGUCCCCAUCCUCGGCUGCCCCGGGAAGCCUCUGUCUGGCCUUCUGCAGGGGAAGCCUUCUCCACUUCCACAGGAUGCCCGUGGAGAGCGGCACAGACGGCCCCCGCUCUAUCGGCACAUGCGAGCUGGCCCCUUCGACACACAUGUUCUGCGCCCUGUACGAGACAGAAGGGGCCUUGCGAUGCGUCUUCACGGCCGUGGAUGGAGCGCGCCUGUUCCUCUGCAUGGCGAGCACGCAGGUGAGUUCCGGCCGUCGCGCUGGGGUCGGGGGGAGGUCGCAGAAGGACCAGGAGGGGAGGCAGAGGAAGCACAAGGCACGGGUCAGCGAUGCGUAG